AAACAUUACUAGGGGAGUAAUUGUACUGCCUGGGAAUAGACAGUGAAAGUGGAUAGUACUGCUAACGUUCUUCACUAUUCGCGAGAGUGCAAGAUACGAUGUUAAAAGUGUGUAGGUGUAAUUUGAGAGAACAUAAUGUCGACUACCAAAAAGUAUGGUAACUUGGAGUAUGUCAGGAUAUUACCGGACAAGGAAGCUCUACUUUCUUCGGAUUUUAACGACGACAACGAUGAAGAAACUGAAGUGAAAUAUGUUCACAGAUACCUUGGAGAUGAGGACCUGAUAUCAAACAAGAGCCGAAUAAAAACAAAGAGAUGGAUUAUAGCUGGAGUUAUAAUUUUUUUAGUUGUAGCGUUAGUGGUAGCAUCGUUAGUAUUAUUGAAAACUAGUGAAGAUUUUGAAAUAAAACCAGCUGCUCUCACCAGUAAAAGGAGUUUAUCAUUAGAGGACUUUUUGUAUGGUAAAUUUUUCGCACAAGGAUUCAAUGGAACAUGGAUAUCAGGUAGCGAAUUGAUGUUUCAAGAUGCCAAUAAUAAUUUAGUUAUCCAUGACAUCAGGGGAGAUAAUAGCUCCCAGAGAGUUUUGCUGAGCACCAACGAUCCUAUAUCAUUGAGAUCUUAUGUACCAGAACUUUCAGCCGAUAAAAAGUACUUACUAGUAGCUCAGAUACAAGCUCAGCUAUACAGACAUAGCAAAGUUAGUCGUUACACUGUUAUCAACCUCGAAACCGAUGAAAGAAUACCGAUCACGAUAGAAGGAAAUUCGGAUCUCCUUCUUGUAGUAUGGGCCCCUGUGGGGUAUGGCUUAGCAGUAGUGUAUAAAAAUAAUCUUUUUUACAAAGAGAAUCCCAAAGCUCAAGAAGUUAGAAUAACGAACGAUCCAGAAUUCGUCUAUAAUGGUGUACCGGAUUGGGUUUACGAAGAGGAGGUCUUGAGUUCGAACAAGGCUCUAUGGUUCUCUCCCGAUGGAAAAAAAUUAGCAUUUGGCAAAUUCGACGAUAGACCAGUUCCUUUGAUGGUGAUACCGUAUUUCGGAGAACCAGGGACUAAAGCUUCUCAAUACCCAAGAGUAAACGCUGUUAAAUACCCAAAAGCGGGAACAGCAAAUCCCAUUGCAAGUUUACAUUCUGUUGAUUUGAGCGAUUUAACCAAUAUAAAGAUUCUGCAACCUCCUAGCAGCUUGGCAGCCCAACAACCAAUAUUAAGUGCAGUCCAGUGGGCUAAUAACGAUACUGUUGCAGCAAUAUGGUUGAACAGAGUACAAAACGAAUCUUCCUUUAUAGCAUAUGGUGUCAAUGUUCCCUAUCAAUCUUUUAUUUUGAAGAAUCUAGCGGAGCCAGCCGGAUGGUUGGAAUUGUUCACACCGAUGAAGUUCAAUCAGAACGGAUCGCAAUAUAUAAUCAUUUUAUCUCAUGACCAAGGAGGAGAUGCUGGAGCCUUUAGGCAUGUUAUGAUGUUCAAUACCACUGAAAAUGCUAAAGGUGUUCCUUUGACUACGGGAAAAUUUGUAGUGACCGAAAUUUUGGGUUGGGAUGAAACUGAUGAUUUGGUGUACUACACAGCUAACACACCCGAAGAUCCAGCAGUCCAACACGUUUACAGCAUAUCAACUACUACCAAAAAAGUAACAUGUCUUUCCUGUGGUAUGUCGAGAAGGAAUUCUACAAAUGAUUGUUUAUACAACACAGCUCAAUUCAGUUCCGACUUCUCGCACUAUGCACUAAUUUGUCAGGGUCCCGAUGUUCCAUUUAUAGAAAUCAGAUCGAAGGAUAACAAUCAAGUUUUGAAAUGGGAAAAUAACGAUGAUCUGUAUAGGUUCACGAGAACAAGAGAGAUGCCGGUUAUCAGAAGGAUGCAAUUCAAUGUAUCCGAGGGAUUUACAGCUCAGGUUACCCUGCAACUACCUCCGAAUUUCGACGAGUCAGGUGAUACUAAGUAUCCUCUAUUGAUCAAUGUAUAUGCCGGACCGGACUCUUCACAAGUUUCGGAGGAAUUCACGUUGAACUGGGGAAGUUAUUUAGCGUCAAACAGGAGCUUUAUUUAUGGAGUCAUUGACGGCAGAGGUUCAGCUUUGAAGGGAGAUAAAUACCUGUUUGCUGGUUAUCGUAAUCUUGGAACAGUAGAAGUUGAGGAUCAAAUACUCGUAACGAAGAAAAUGCAGGACACUUUGCCAUACAUAGAUAGAGAUAGAACAGCUAUAUGGGGAUGGAGCUAUGGAGGUUAUGCAGCUGGUAUGGCUCUAGCUACUGAAACAGAUAAUGUGUUCAAGUGUGGGAUAUCUGUUGCUCCUGUAACAGACUGGGCCCUUUACGAUACUAUAUACACCGAAAGAUUCAUGGGGUUGCCCAAUUUAGAUGAUAAUCUUCGGGGUUACUUGAAUGCCCAACUCUUAACAAAAUACGCAGGUAUUAGAGAUAAGCUUUAUUUCCUAAUUCAUGGUACUUACGAUGACAAUGUUCAUUAUCAACAAUCGCUAUUGUGGGCCAAGGUAUUGGAACAACAAGACAUUUUCUUCAGGCAGAUGACCUACACAGACCAAGUGCAUGAUUUGGGCAGCGUAAGACCUCAUCUGUACCACUCUCUCGAGAACUUCUUGGAUGAGUGCUUCAAUGUAAUAUAUCCUUCAUUGGGAUAAUGACUUAAGAGAGAAUAAAGCAGGUGCAACUAGUCAGGGAUAUCUGAUUACCAAUCCGUGUGGAGAAAUCUUACAAUUUGUCAGGGUUUAAUCUAUGUGACGUAGAUCUCGAAAUUUUUAUAAAUAUGAGUUUUAUCUUGUUAGAGUAAGUUCUGUAAAUAAAGAUAUUUUAUGUUAA